AUGCAUUCUCCCCUCGCUUGGCCGGGCCCACAGCCCACGCUUGCGAGGAUUCGCGCGUACCGAUCCUACCUCACGAUCCUCCCACGGGACGACCGCUCGGCAGUCGUCCACCUCCUUGCGGGCUGCCACCCCUAUCAUAUCGAAACUGGACGCCAUACCGUACCCUACACUGUCAGAGAGGUCCGCCUCUGCCGCUUCUGUGCACGCGACGCCGUGGAGACGGAGCUCCAUGUCCCCCCCGGCUGCGACGGGACGGCCAUCUCCGAGGCUCGAGAUGAGUACCUAGUGGCGCUGGAGGAACGACAGCCGCGCAUAUACCACGUCUGGGUUGAAUCGGAGGGCGACGAGGCGUUCCUGGCGGCGUGGCUGGCGGCCGACGAGGUGGUCCCCCUUCUGGGCAUGCGGGUCCGCUGGACUUUUGAGCAGUGCGCGGCGAUCCAGCCGCGACGUCGCGUCCCGGACGGGAACUAG